AUGGUGGCGGUUACUGACCAGUUUAUUGCUGUAGAUAUGAACUGGGAUGGAAAGGUGGUUCGUCUUAUCUUUAUCUAUACCAAAUGUGAUUAUAUCCUUCGAAGAGAAUUGUUGUUGUCUUUGGGACAACUCAUGUCAAGCUCUUUCCCUGUCAUUUUUGUGGGGGACUACAAUAUUGUUAAAAAUGAAGAAGAAAGAGCUGGUGGUUUACCGGUUACUAGGGUAGCCAAAAAUGACUUUAUCCAGUUUAUUGAUUCACAUGGCUUAUAUGAUCUCCCUUUCUUGGGAAGUAAAUUCACUUGGUUUAGCAACUGCAAUGGGUCUAUGAUUUGGGAAAGGCUCGAUCGUGCUCUCACUAAUCAUGCUUGCCUAGAUCAAUUCCCUAAUAGUAUUGUUAAUCAUCUUGAGAGAUCUCAUUCAGAUCAUGCUCCGUUGCUCAUACAGUUGGUUGAUCCUCGGAGGAGCUCGCCUUCUCCUUUUCGUUUUCAGCGUAUGUGGCUUCAACAUCCUUUAUUUCUUCAUGUGAUUGCAGAAUCUUGGAAUAGAGAGUGUCAUUUAAGUGGUUUGCAACGGAUGGCUUUUAAACUUAAAAGGCUCAAGGGGGAUCUUAAGCUCUGGAACAAGGUAGUCUUUGGUAAUAUUUUUCAGCGACUUAACGAUGCCAGGGAUAAAAUUCUAUUGCUUGAAAAUCAAUUGCUUUCAGAUGAUUCAGUCACUAAGGAGCUCAUGGAAUUAAAAUGCAGUUAUGACCAUUUACUUCUUCAAGAAGAGAUCUAUAGAAAACAACAAAGUCGUGUCAAAUGGCUUGAAGAGGGAGAUCGCAAUACUGCAUUAUUUAAUGCUAUGGCUCGUGAAAAUCAACAAAAGAUCCAUGUCAGUGAAAUUAUGGGCCCUUCUUGUAUUCUCACAGACACACAACAAAUUCUAGGAGCAGCGGUUGAAUUUUUUAAAAGCCAUCUGGAUAGAGAAAUAGAGAGUGGUCGUGAUUUAUCUCCCAUGCUUUCUCUUGUGCCUAACUUAGUUACCAGUGAGGAUAACGAAAUGCUCCUUUCUGUGAUUUCGAAACAUGAAGUGUAUGACGCAGUUAAGGGCAUUCCUGAGGAUUCUGCACCGAGUCCCAAUGGAUUCUCUUCAUCCUCAUAUAUUCAUGCUUGGGCUAUAAUUUCUGAUGAUCUUAUUGCCGCUGUCCAAGAAUUUUUUGCAGGGGCUCUUUGUGCAGAUGCCUUGGGUGCUUCUAUCAUCUCACUCAUCCAAACAAAAGACAAGCUGAACACGUUUCUUGAUUUUAGGCCCAUAAGUAUUUGUUAG